AUGGUGGUCCCGUGGCAGACCCGGCGAGGGCAAAAUGCGGGGAUUGUCUACAGGUGGGCAGGAGAAGGGGAAGGAGAGAGAAGCGCCUCAGCCCCGGAUGGCCACAGCAGCAGGGCCCUUCUCCAAAGAGUCCUCCACACCUGGCCUUGCAGCAUCAGGGUGAUGGCCUCAGAGGUGAUAGCGUCCCCUUCACUGGACGGCGAGAGGAGAGGAAGCCCAGCAGUGCAGGGUCCUCCCCUCCUUCUCCUCCUCCUCCUCCCUCUUUUGCACCUGGACCUCUUCAACUUGACUCUGCAGAGGCGGGAGGGGAGCCGCUAUGUGCUGACCAGCCCUCGCUUGGGGGCCUGUGCACGGUGUGCCAUGAAGCCUGUGGAGCUACUGCCUCGUUCACCUGGGGGAGAGCUGGUCAAGGAGGCCCCAGGGCGGUCGCUGAGGGUGGCGGCGGGCCUCUAUGAAGGUCUAUGAGCGCUGAGCGGCACGAGGAAACUCCAGCAGUGCCGCGCGGAGAAGGAGAGAGGUCCCGUGAGGAAAAACGGCAGCCUCUUCACCCAAUCUCCUCCUUGCCAUGCGGACAGUCCCCCAGCCGCCCCCCCUCCUCCUCCUCCUCCUCCCGAGGCGGCCCUCAGGGGCAGCACUUCCACCCCCGGGGUCAAUGGAAGCUGCAGUCCAGGACAGGCCCACCCGCCAACAAGGUCGUCUGGGCCUCCUCUGAGGGCCUCCUCUGGUGCCAGGACCAAGAAGAGCCACUCCUUGGACUCCUUACCCCAAAAGGCGAAAAAGGGCUUAUCCGCCAAAACCUCCUCAGACUCGGGGGCCCCGUCCUCCUCCUACCAGCGGUGACAGCUGAGGGACAAGUGGCCUAAAGAAGGGUCACAGGGUGCCAGGACUAAGGCGGCCUCCACACAUGACUCCCCACAGGUAGGCCGCAGCUUCAGCCUGGGUGACCUGAGCCACUCUCCACAGACUGCCCAGAGGGUGGAGGGAGAUCAUCAAGGAGGUCACAGCGAGAGAAAGCCUCCAGGAGUGUCUGAGAGGGACCGCAAGAUCGCCGCCCUGAUGAUCGCUAAGCGCCCGGAGGAGAGCAUCCUGAAUGCCCAACGCCAUAGUGCCCACCUUGAAUGGGACAGCCAGAGGCGGCGGGCCGAGCGGCGGAGGGAGCAGGAGGAAAGGCAGAAGCACCGGGCCUUGGUUCAGUGCCACCGCAUGUGGGAGAGCCAGGUGGAAGAGCGCCGCUGCCAGCUGAGCUACGAGGAGGAGGAGGCCACCUCGGUGAAGCAUAGGCAGAGCCUAAUGGUGGAGGAGAAAUUGCGGAAACACCUGGAGGAGCGGAGCAGGCUGAGGAAGGAGAGGCUGGAGAGGCGACCCCUGGAGGACAGGAGAAGAAAGCGCCACCAGGAGCACAAACCUCAGAGCUCAGGGGAAGGCAAGAGGGAAGCCCUGGAUAAAGAUGUCCAGCUCCUGCCAGGAGAAGCUGUCCCUACACCCAGAAGAGAGGCCUCAAGAAGGGCAGCAGCAGCACUGCAGAAGGAGAAGAAGCUGCUCAACCAAGCUGAGAAGCGGAAGCAUGAGACCAUCCUCAAGGAUUGGCCAAGCAGAAGCUGAAGAGACGCCAUGCUACGGGCUUCCGUUGAAGGGAGCUUGAACAAGGCUCAGGAGAGAACUAUGAGCAGCUGGUGGAGAAAGGAAAACCGGGGGAACUUGAGAGAGAGAGCCAAGCGGGAGGAAAGGCACGCUUCAGAAGCCAAGGUGGCUGCUGACAAGAGGGACCUGGAGCAGAAGGGUACCUGAAGCCCGGCCAACGCUUCGGAAAGGAAGCUCCAGCAUGCGGCUCAGGUAGCUGAGGAGGUUGUCCAGCAGAAAGCCCGGAAGGUGGUCCAGAGCCCGGAGAAGGAGAAGGUACAGAAAGUCAACAAGAAAAAGUUGAACACGUGUGAAGAUAUCCGGCGCAGGGAGAUCCUCCUCUCUAUUGAGAAGAAGCUGGAAAGGAGUGAACAGAUUUGUAAGGAGAAAAAGAACGUCUUGGAAAAUGGAAAAUGCUCGGUCUCCGCUGCAUCGUUCCCAGUCCGGGAAAAAGUGAGAGAAGAGAUGAAUGUGCGCACCUUUGACAAGAUGGCCUUUGAAGCAGGAAAACUGCACGGCUAG